AUGGAUCAACCACAACAGCCCCUCUCCUCAGAAUUCCGGAACUACCCCUUCUUAACCGGAGAAGAGUUCGCAGAAGUAUGCCACCACCUCGAAAGAAGAUACUGCCAAGCCACGCUGGGCCCCAUCCGGCGAAGGUGGAAGCUGAGGGUGUGCUCGGCGCUCAACACAGCCUUCGCGUUGGGCCCGGAAUACAACACAUUUCUCCAGAUCGUCAGGCCGCUGGACGAAGAAUUGGACAACGACGGUGAUUUAUCCAAGUUCCUGGACAACCUCUCCUUUGAUGAUCACGAUGGUCACAGACACGGCGGGACAGGGCCGAUGGAUGAGGAAAUGGAAGGGAUGGAGGCGGGAAGGGAGAUGAUGGAGGCGGAGGAGGCGGAUCAGGCCGUUCUGCCAAGAAGUCACGACCCUGCCGCCGCUGUGUCUAUUGGCCGUGUCAGAUACGAAAUCCAUCUGCACCCGACAUACCAGGCGCCCUGCCUGUGGUUCAGUCUACACGACCUGCCUGUCGACGAACAAGCGCUGAGCAUCGACACGGUUUUCAGGCGGCUUGUGCCAGAGCAGUACAAAAAGGGGCUGCGCGGCAGCGGGGGUGGGAUCGGCGGCAUAUCGGUCGACCAUCACCCGGUUACAGGUGUCCCUUCCUUUUUUGUCCACCCCUGUCUCCUGGGCGAAGCAAUGGCUAAGUUCGACUGCUCCAAGGAGGACUACCUCAUGGUGUGGCUCGGACUGGUCGGGGGUUGUGUGGGCCUGUGGGUGCCCGCUGAGAUGGCGCUAGAGUCAUAG